AACGCAAUUCACUUUUUGUUUCCUUUGCGUUACCAAGGAUCUCUAUAUCCCGUUCUUGUUGCGACCAACUUCGAAGGCUUAAGUCGCGCAUUCGAGUCCACUUGCACUACGUUCCCGUAAACCUAAACGCCAACAAGUCCAGUUUCGAGCUCUCCAAGUCCACACGCGCGCAAUUCUGCAUCAAUCCAGCCAUCUUUUCAAGCGAACUUGGCCAGCCGUAGUGGCUGCGCAAUCAUGAGUGAUCUUGACAAGGCGAUUGCCCAACUACGAGCAUGUCGACCGAUACCCGAGAAUCAAGUUCGAGAAUUGUGUUACAAGGCGCGAGAGCUUCUCAUAGAAGAAGGCAAUGUGGUCGGGGUAGAUGCGCCCGUCACGAUAUGCGGUGACAUUCACGGCCAAUUUCAUGACCUCAUGGAGCUCUUCCGCGUGGGCGGCGAUGUGCCAGAGACAAAUUACCUCUUCAUGGGCGACUUUGUCGACCGGGGAUUCUACUCGCUGGAGUCGUUCUUGCUCCUUCUUUGCCUGAAGGUUCGCUACCCAGAUCGUAUCACGCUUAUAAGAGGUAACCACGAGUCGCGCCAAAUCACAACGGUGUAUGGCUUCUACGAUGAAUGCAUGCGGAAAUAUGGGAGCGCCAAUGUGUGGAGAUAUUGCUGCGAAGUGUUUGACUACCUUGCUCUUGGCGCUCUUGUCACGGGCGCAGCGACGAAUCUCGAGCCUACAAAAUCAGAUUAUGCCAACGGCGCUGGCGCCGACAUCGCGUCGUCGCAAGCAACGAUGACCACGAGCAUGGGCCUUGAAGAUGAGGACAUCGAAAUCGAAAUUCUUAAUGCAGACGGUCAAAUAAUAUCACGUUUCCCGCGCAACGCUCCGGAGGAUAAGCCGUUGGAUUCGAGCUCACCCCUCGCGACGCCCGUGAAAACUGGUCCAAGCGGAACGGGCGCUUCCGGACUCAGCGACGGCUCCUCAUCGAGCCCAAGCAGUGGUGCUGUACUUUGCGUGCACGGCGGGUUGAGCCCGCUGAUAGACACAAUCGACAAGAUUCGACUGUUGGAUCGUAAACAAGAAGUUCCUCACGAGGGCGCCAUGUGUGACCUCCUCUGGUCCGAUCCCGACGAGAUCGACGGCUGGGGACUCUCCCCGCGAGGUGCCGGCUUCCUCUUUGGCGCUGAUAUCGUGAAGUGUUUCAACCACCGCAAUGAUCUCUCUCUAAUUGCUCGUGCCCAUCAACUCGUGAUGGAAGGUUUCAAAGAGAUGUUUGACAGUCGGAUCGUGACCGUGUGGAGCGCUCCAAAUUACUGUUAUAGGUGUGGCAAUGUGGCCGCGAUCCUGGAACUUGGCGAGGACGGGAGCAACGGCGGGUAUGUGAGGAGGACGAAUGGAGAUGUGGAUAGAAAAGAAGGCGUCGGCGGAAGCCCAAUAGGUCCCGGGAGAAGAUAUAGAGUUUUUGAGGCAGCGCCACAGGAUUCAAGGGGAAUGCCGGCCAAGAAACCGGUCGCUGACUACUUUUUGUAAGAAGAACAUGUCCUUGCAUAAGGUGGCCGAAAUGGCCGGAUCUUUGAUGAUAGGAAGCGCAACUGAAACGCAAAUAUGAUACCCAGUUUUCC